AUGCCAGCUACCACUUCUACUUCUACCAAGACCGCCAAGGCCCCAUUAUCUGAACAAAAAUUACACGACAUGUCCAUCGAACAACAAAAGGAUCUAUAUGGAGAUGAACAAGUCUUCAACAAGUACAUUGUCAACUUGGCUGGUAGAGUGAGAAACUCUGUCACUGGUGGUUACUUGUUGCCAAAGGAGGAAGCUGAAGUUAAGGCUUAA